AUGUCGUGUAGGACACGGGUGGCUGUCCACCAACUUGUCCAGGGUAAAAAGAAAGCUUUCUUGAACAAGAAAAAUGCCGUACACUAUAGGCUGAUUCCGAAAACAGCUGCCGAAAGUUUAUCGGACGAGGGAAAACGGUUUAUCCCUACACAAGAACAUUUGGAGGAACAACACAAAUACGGGAUAUUUUUUGACGAUGACUAUGAUUAUAUGCAACAUUUGAGGGAUGUCAGGGAGACGGGAACGUUACAGUCGCUGGAAGAAGCGACUGAACAAGAGAGAUGCAUCAUACGGGCACCUAAGCUACAACCUCAAAAGCCAUCAGUUCUUUUCGGAGAAACAGUAGGUUGCAUAGCAAAAAAAGAGGAAGAGGAGAUUUUCGAUGAGGAUGUAGAACAAGCCUUGGAGGGCAAUUUUGACGGUGAAAUAGGAGGUGGAUUGGAAGAUGAUUUUAUAGCUCUUGCUGGUGGUCUUGCCGAACCCACACUGAGGUCGCAUAUUCAGCAACAUCGGGAGUCAACUGUUCAUUUCAGUAGUGAUGAAGAGGAGGAUGAAGAAUCGAACUACAGCGACUCCACUUACAGCGACGAAGAAAAGGAAAAGAAAAUGUUUGAGGAAGUGGGACGUGACGGGCCGCGACGAGAAAUUGAUGACCGUUUUGAUCAACUCCUAGAGGGUGACUAUCAUGAUGAUCAGUUGGGAGAACUGGACGGAGAUGAUUUCCGUAUUGGUGGUAUGCUAGAGCCGAAUGAUGAACGGGUAAAACGAAUGGUUAAAGAAAGCAAUGGUGGGCCUAUAGACGAUGAGCAGGCUUCAAAAUCGUGGACGAGGCAGCGAGUGCGAUUAAUUGAAGCCAACGUAAUCAAGAAUGAUGAGGUAAUGGAAGAUGUUGAGGUCGACGAGGCAGCAUCAAAACGUCUCAAAUGGGAUUGCGAAUCGUACGCGACUCAGUAUUCGAAUAUUUACAAUCAUCCGACAGUCAUUCGAAGUGGUAAAUUAUCGCGUGGCGCCCUAAAACGAUUCGCUCGUGAAUCGUCUAAAGUGGACGAAAUGGAAGUAGAAGAUGAAGAGAUGAAAAGCAACGAGGACGAUUCGAUGAGUCAAUGUACACAGGCGUCAACGUACAGACCUAAAGGGGAAACAUCUGAGCAACGGCGUCUUCGCAAACAGGCGGUUAAGGAAGCUCGACGGUUCCGGAGACAAGAGAAGAAGGGCAAUAAGUUGGCAUUUGCUGAGGAGCGUAGGAAGGUUGUCAAGGAGCGCGUUGGACAAAUCAAGACGGUUCCGAUGGUUUAA